AAGCUGGGCCAAACAGGCUAUUACAGUGCUUAUCAAAAGCCCUCCGGACCCGGCGAGAUUCCGGUAAGGAUUUCGGGUGAGGAUCUCCUGGACUGAUUGACAAAUCCAUGACAGCCAAAAAAAAGGAAAAAAAAAAAACAAUUUUGGGGCGAAUAAGAGCAGUGGCUGCCAAGAGCUAUUGAAGACGAGAAAGCUAGGCUUGCCAAUGAGCGCCAUUAUUUCAAUCUCAGGAGUGCAGAUGGAAUACCAUUUAUCAUAUUUGACGUACACAUAUCCAGAUUGCGGGAGAUCAGUAUGGCAAUGGAAUAAAUCUUUAUGCGCGGAACCUGACAAAUGGGGUUGGAAUUCGCUGCACUAUGCUGUUAAACUAGGAUUGAAAGAAGUAGUUUCUGAUAUGCUGGGGUGGAAGAAACGUUAGCCUACAUUUCAGCAGGCAGUGAAAAUCACUGGAUGACGACAAUUCACAUUGCAGUCGGUGAAGGUGAUAUAAGCAUGAUAAAUGAGCUACCAAACCACCGCCCAGAUUGCUGGGAAAUGUUUAACAGCGGUGGCCAAAAUGCUCUUCAUGUUGCCAUAUUGAACAAUCAAGAAAAGUAGCCGAAUCCUUUUUAAAGUAUAAAAAGUGGGAUAGCCUUGUUGAUGAGUCAGAUGAUGAUGGCUAUACUCUUCUCCAUUUGCUUGCUGCCUCUAAUUGGCGCCGUGUGCCUGUAAAAUUAAGAGUUCAUCCCAGAUCGAAGAGGAUGUCAUUUAACAAAGAAAACCAGACUCCACUGGACGUAGCAUCGUCUGGCACAAAGACAAUGACAAACAAGAAAAGAAUCAAAUACAGCUUGGGACGCGAUCUUAUUGAUAUUGGCGGGUGGGGAGGAUGUCACUUCCUGAAGAAGACACCGCAUCCAGAGGAUGGAAUGGAUCAACAGAGGGAGAAUUUGGAAGCUAGGGAAUGUGAAAUAAGUAUCAAUGCCGUAAUGCAGUCAGCUCAAAUACAUCUAGUUGUGGCCACUCUGCUAGUUACAGUCACCUUUGCAGCUGGUUUUGCAUUGCCAGGAGGUUUUGACAGUGAUCCUGGCCCUAAUAAAGGGAUGGCAAUUCUAAUAAGGAAAACAUUGUUCUGUGCAUUUGUUGUUACGGUCCUUACGGAUGUCAUUGCCUUUGCAUGCUCCGCUAGUGCUGUAUUCAGCUACUUCAACAAUAACAACAACAACAACGACCCAGUAAAAUCUCACAAGUGGGGUUUGGGGAGGGUAAAUAUUCAGCUACUUCAUCGUGGCAACAAAAUUUUGACCACCGUCCCAGCAGGAUUUGGCAGUUUUGUUGUACCUUAAUAGUAUCGCAACUUGUUUGCCGCUUCAGGCAAUGGUAGGAGUUCUAAUUGCAUUUGUAACUGGUGUUUGUGCUACUUUAGCACAUUCAGUUGGUCUCGCCAUUACUGUCUGUGCCAUCAGUUGCAUCUCUUUCCUUUUGUGCUACAGGGUUGUGCAUCUCAUUAUGAAACUGCAAAGGAACAUAUAAGAACAUGAGUAGGUAGACAUGAAUGCAUCUCUUUCCUUAUGUACACUGCAUUAAUUUCCGCUCAUGUUGACAUCAUGAUGCAGUGAUGGAUCCGGGAUGUCCCCGUGCCGGUUCACUUUACACUGCUCAUGAAAAGUCCCUCUGGCAAGAUUUCAGUAAGGCAUUUCCGGCGGGAAAUUCCAUGGCUGACUGACAAACCCUAGACAGCCGUAGAAAAAAACUAAUUCUUUUGAAGAAACAAGAAAAGAAGAUCCUGAAAACAAUAGAGAAGAUGAAAAGAUGUUAAAGUGCAAUAAUGGUGGGAGCCCUUUCCGGAGCAUUUUGUUGGAUUUGUGAGGAAGCAUAUGUUGGGUAUGGGGAAUAGGAGCAAUGUCCGCUAAAUGGUGAAAUGGGGGGUCUCGAAGAGUUUAAAGGCCUCCACAAGUUACUCGAAAAAGCAAAAGGCUCGCCAAUGAGUGCCGCUAUAUAUUUUGAGAAAGCAAAGUACUAACAAGAUGAUACUUUGAGAGAUUUUGAACAAAUCCCCAAAUAAAGAAAAAGGAUCCAACCUUGUACGAUGCUGCAUUGGAAAGCAUUGCCGGAGAUGGCGGUUUUCUACGUGUAGAUCAUCUGAAAAGGGAUGGAUUAGAAAAUGGAUACCAAGUCACUCCGAAGGGAAACAUGGCCCUUUACGUUGCAGCCCUCUAUGGCCAAUCGGGUUUCGUGAGAGAAGUCCUUAAUAUUGCUCCAGCAUUGUUAUGCCGUCAGAACAAGAAAAAAAAACUGCACUUCACAUAGUUUCUUUUUUCUUGUUCUGACGGCAUAACAAUGCCGGAGAGGGGAAUAAGAAGACACGAUCAUGAGGAUGAUGACUGAUGUAGAUACAACCCUGCACAAGGCCGUGAGGAGUGGACAUGUUGAUGUUGUCAAGGUCUUGGUGAAAGAAGAUCAUGAAUUCGAAUUUCCAGGGAAACACCAUCUUAUCUGGCGGAUGAUUCUGAUUUUAUUAUUCUGCAUAUAGUCUGGGAAAUCUGCAAGAAACCAACUUAUGAAGACCUUGACGUGCGGGCAAAAGAAGAAACAGCAAAGAUAAACGACAAAUUCCUUUCUUCUGAUCAAGGCAAACAACAAAUCCCUUUCUUUUGAUCAAAGGCAAAGAUCAGUGGUGUUCAGAAUAUUUCUAUAUAAUGUUUCAUCCAGAGAAAGCAAAGGACUGACAACAUAAUUCAGGAGAUUUUGGAUAAAUUCGCUAAUAAUUAAAGAAAAAAAAAUGGAUCCAACCUUGUAUAAUGCUGCGGUAGAAGGCAAUACCAGAGAUGGCAAAUUUGUACUUGCUGAUCAUCUGAAAAGGGAUGAAGAAAAUGGGUACCAAGUCACUCCAAGGGGCAACACUGUCCUCCACGUGGCAGCCCUCUAUGGCCACUCCCAUUUCGUGGGAGAAGUCCUUAAGAUUACUCCGGCAUUGUUAUGUCAUCAGAACAAGAAAAAUGAGACUGCACUUCACAUAGCAGCUAAUGAAGGGCACAGUGAAGUAGUCCGUAUGCUACUUAGUAUAGCUGGAGAGGAGAAUAAGGAGAUACUCAUGAGGAUGACAGAUGACAAUGGAGAUACAGCCCUGCACAAGGCCGUGCGUAGCCGACAUCAAGAUGUAGCCAGACUUUUGGUUAAAGAAGAUCCCGAAUUCGAAUAUCCGUCCAACAAGGCCCGGGAGACACCACUGUACCUGGCGGCGGAGUCUGGUCUUCGUGAUGCUUUGGUUGAAAUCUUGGUAACCUGCAACAAACCAACUUUUGCAGCAGGUCCAUUUAAUCGAACACCUCUGCAUGCAGCAGUAAUUCAUCAACACACGGAUUGCGCGAGAUUACUAUGGCAAUGGAAUAAAUCUUUAUGUGAGGAAGCUGAUGUAAGUGGUUGGAAUUCGCUGCACUAUGCUGUUACUCUAGGAGUGAAAGAAGUAGUUUCUGAUAUGCUGGGGUGGAAGAAAUCCUUAGCCUACCUUCCAGCAGGCAGUGAAAAUCGCUGGACGACAACGUUUCACAUUGCAGCCAGUGCAGGUGAUGAAAACAUGAUAAAUGAGUUGUUAAAGUACUGCCCUGAUUGCUGGGAAAUGCUUGACAGCAGAGACAAAAAUGCUCUUCAUGUUGCCAUAUUGAACAAUCAAUAUAUGUUAGUUAAUUCCUUAUUAAAGUCCACGAAGUGGGAUAGCCUUGCUGACAAUGCAGAUGAUGAUGGCAACACUCCUCUCCAUUUGCUUGCCUCCUCUAGUUAUUGGGCCCAUGUGCCUGUGAAAUUAAGAGAAAACCGCAGAGCAAAGAAGAUGUCAUUUAACAAAGAAAAUCAGACUCCACUUGACGUAGCAUGGUCUUGCACAAAGAGGACGACAAACAAGGAAACUAUCAGUGGCAGCUUGUAUCACGAUUUUGCUAACAUUGGUCGAUUCGGACGACGUGAGACUCCGUGGAAUACUUUGGAUGAAAUUCAUAUACAGAGGGAGUUUUCGAAGCGUGAUAAGGAAUUUGAAACAGAAAUCAAAGGCAUCAUGUCGGCAGCUCAAAUACAUCUAGUUAUGGCCACUCUAUUAGUUACAGUCACCUUUGCCGCUGGUUUCACAUUGCCAGGAGGUUUUGACAGCGAUUCCGAUAGCCCUAAUAAAGGGAUGGCGAUUCUAACAAGAAAAGCAGCAUUCCGUGUAUUUGUUAUUACGGAUGCCAUCGCCUUUGCAUGCUCGGCUGGUGCUAUAUUCAGCUACUUCCUCAUGGCAAUAAAUCAUCGACCAACGUCCUAUCAGGAUUACAGAAUUCUAUCGGCUCUCAGUAGAGUCGCAGGUCAGUUGCAGCUUCUGGCAAUGUUAGCAGUGGUAAUUGCAUUUGUAACUGGUAUGUAUGCUACUUUAGCACAUUCAGUGGGUCUUGCCAUUACUGUAUGUACCAUCGGUUGCCUCUCUUUUCUUUUGUACAUGUUUGUAAUGUAUAUUGUUGGAAGAGAACUUUUUUGAGAAAUAAAUGCAUCUUUUUCCUUA